UUUCCUUUUCCCUGCUGGUUUCUCUUUUCCAGUUCAUUCAUUCACACAUGCUCCCCACCUUCUUCAUUCUCCGAUUCCGGUCACAAGCCAUUUCCGGUAUCCUGAAACCGUUUUCCGGCCAUAUCUGGGAUCAAGCUCCAAUCUAUGACCGCCGGAGAUCUGCUGCAAAGGCACUAGCAUAGCCUCUCUCUGUCUCUUUCUCCCCAGUUGGAGCUGCUCCUCUAUAUCGCAGCUGUCUCGUGUGUGCAUCAUAGAGCUAAAAGUUGACUGGAGCUGAGCUUCUUUUUCUUCUCUCCGUGUCAUCUCUUCUGCAAUCAGUGUCUUCGAGCUGCGUUGAUCAGCUCGAGCUCCAGUUCUGUGAAGUCUGCAGUGAACCCUGUCGUUUGAUCAGCUGGAUCCGUGAUUCUAUCUUCAGUUUCUGUCCGAUUCGAAUCUGGUGUUCUUCGGCGAGGUUCCGAAGCUCAGUUAAGGUUUUCUGGGCAGAUCUUGGGCUGUUGGAGGUCUCCGAUUUGGUCUUGAUUUCACACCGAUCAGCUCAGAGCUGACAAAGGAUUGUGUUGGAGAGUCUUGCGACAGCUCCCUGCUUCGCUCCAGAGAAAAAGCUGCACAUUCUAUUGGCUCUGUUUGGAGAGAAAGAUACCGGUCAACGUUGCUUUUUUGACUCUGACCCCCUUCGAUUUAUCGGAGAUCUCGAAAGCCUUCAUUUUGAUUUCUGAGCGUGGAGGGAAGGGAGAGAAGGGAUGACGUCGGGAACGCGGAUGCCGACAUGGAAGGAGAGGGAGAACAACAAGCGGAGGGAGCGGAGGCGGAGAGCCAUAGCAGCGAAGAUAUUCGCGGGGCUGAGGGCGUACGGUAACUACAAGCUCCCCAAGCACUGUGACAACAAUGAAGUCCUCAAGGCUCUCUGUAACGAGGCUGGUUGGAUCGUCGAACCUGAUGGGACGACUUACCGCAAGGGAUGCAAGCCCACAGAGCGCAAUGAUAUGGCGGGGGGGUCAGCUACAGUGAGCCCAUGCUCGUCUUACCACCCAACCUCCUUUUCCUACAACCCAAGCCCAGGUUCCUCGUCCUUCCCGAGUCCAAUUUCAUCCUCAUAUGCUGCCAAUGGCCAACAAGUGGAUGGAAAUUCCCUCAUCCCAUGGCUCAAGAACCUCUCCUCUGCUUCUUCCUCUGCUUCCUCCUCCAAGUACCCUCAAUUCUAUUUGCCCGGUGGCUCUAUCAGUGCUCCUGUAACACCUCCUCUUAGCUCUCCCAGCUGUCAGAGCCCGCGGGCUAUGCCCAACUGGGAAGAUCAGUCUUCUCGCUUACCCUGGGGAGGGAAGAACAAUCCCUUCCUUCCUUCUUCCACUCCUCCAAGUCCAGGCCGUCAGAUUCUUCCUGAUCCCGAAUGGUUAGCAGGGCUUCGAAUCCCCCAAGCAGGAUCCACUUCUCCCACCUUCAGCCUUGUCUCAUCCAACCCAUUCGUGUCCGGAGGAGAAACCACUAUGGCUGCUGGUAGUGGGUCCCGUGUUUGGACACCAGGGCAGAGUGGGACAUGUUCUCCUGCCAUCAGGGCAGGUUUUGAUCAAACUGCGGAUAUCCCUAUUUCUCAGGUGAUGUCAGACGAGUUUGCAUUUGGAAACAACAAAACUGGGCUGGUGAAGCCAUGGGAAGGCGAGAGAAUCCACGAAGAAUCUGCAUCAGAUGACCUGGAGCUCACUCUUGGCAGCUCAAAGACCAAGGUGAUGUUUGAGCAUUCUGGAUAGGAAUUCCACCCCUUGCUAAUGCAAAAUUACGGAAGGGCAGGGGCUCGAGGUGAGCAUUAAUGAUGCUAUGGUUAUAUUUCCCCUUUUUUUCUAUUCUCGUUCUUCUACUUUCUUUUUUUUCCUCGAGUAGUAGGAUUCAUUGUUUAAGGCGUAAAGGCUAGUUUCACCGCCAUGUCGCCUGUAUUAUUUCUCUUAUAUAUUGACAUAGAGUUUUAGAUCCUCGUGAACAAACCAGGAAAAAAGUACUGGUUGGAUGCCUGUCAAUUCUUUCUCUAUCGGGCACAACAAGAUGUGUAGGCCUUCUGUAAAAUUUUGAUAGUUUAAGCUGUUCAAGUUGCUAUUUAUUUCCUUUGGAGAUCAAUGACUCUUCUUUGCCCAUACGAUGUCGGAAUGUUAGUUUGGAACUUUUCUUGUUGUUAUUGUGCUCUUUGGAGGUGAAUACUUACUUGCUGAUGCAAAGUGGAUUAGUGGAAUUUCUUUGUUUUAAGUUACCUGUA